AUGGGUGACACGCAGUUUGGCAAUUUCGAGGCGUUCUGCCGCGACUCGACCCUGCCAGUCUGCAAUCUGUUAACAACUACGCAUAACCAAACUGGCAACUGGGGUGGUUGCGAGCUUACCGGCAUUCCUUUGAGCAAUGGAAGACACCUCGGAAAUCUAGGAUCUAUCCUACUCUGUGGCAUCGCCAUCGUGAUUUCUGUGCUACUUUUGCUGCGAUCUGAAAGGAAGAAGGCUGCUGUGGGUCGAAGAGAGAUGCAACUGUUCCUCUUGGGUUAUAUCAUCAUUGAAAUAUGUGAAAUUUUCUCGGUUGGAGAGUUUCCUUUGAACUCAACUGUUCGCAUCGCCUUUUCUGCAAUUCACAUUGGAAUGAUUAUUGCAACUACAUGGAUUCUCAUGCUUAACGCAGUGGUUGGUUUUCAAAUUAUCGACGACGGCACCCCGAUGUCUGUUGGAUUGAUGGUCAUCUCGGGCGCAAUUCUCCUCAUUGGUACCGGCUACAUCGCUCUCGACACCGGCCUAGGCUUUACAGGUUUCUGGGCCAGCAGUUACGAUGCACCAAACCGCAAUAUUGCGCUCUAUGUCCUGUAUCAGCUUGUGCCUCUGAUCUUUCUCGUCGCCUUCUUUGUUCUCGAGAGUGUAUUGGUCUUGAGAAUUCUCGGCGAGGUACGCCCUAUGGCUUACCUUGCCGCCGCAGCUGUUCUAUUCGCGUUGGGCCAGAUUUUCAACUACACCAUCAGCCCGCACAUUUGCAACGGCACUUCCGGAAAGAUUGACGGAGCUCUGUUUGAAACGCUUUUCACGCUCCUCUCUGUUGUCAUGGUCUGGAUCUUCUGGUCGAGUAUUACCGAGGACGACUGGCCCAUCACCUCUGGCCCUACAGGAUACCCUUAA